AUGUCCACCGAGGUCUUCGCGGUGGCUGCCAUCGCUUGGUUUGUCUUCAUAGCCUGCGUAUGUGCAAUUGGUGAUUUCUUUCUUUUUCAAUACUACCGACAGAACCCUCAACGCGCCGCCGUUCUCUCCAAGGACAAGGAUUCUAUCCCUCAUGUCACGGUAAUCCGCCCUUGCAAGGGUCGCGAGCCCUAUCUAUACGAAUGUCUCACAUCCACUUUCUACCAAGACUACCCCACCGACAAGAUCACCGCUUAUUUUUGCAUAUCCUCUCGCACGGAUCCUGCAUAUCCCAUCUUGCAGAGAGUUGCUCAAGAUUAUCAUCGACAUGACUGCCGGGUAUUCGUCGAAGAAGAUGAUGAUCAUGCGCCGUCCAAUUCACGGGCGCAGUUGGGGCCGAACCCCAAGAUCAGAAAUAUGAGCAGAGCCUACCGCGAGGCCAAGGGCGACUUGAUCUGGAUCAUCGAUUGCAACAUUUGGGUUGGCCGAGGAGUCUGUGGACGUAUGGUCGAUAAAAUCACCGGAGUCAACUCUCGAGGAACUUGCGCGGGCCCUUACAAACUGGUCCACAACCUCCCUAUCUGCGUCGACGUCGACGUGGAUCUUGAUUCGACCAAUACUGACUCCAUAAACACAACUACUGCUACCUACGAUGAUACCUCUACGACGCCACUGCUCCCUAUCAAGCGAUCUGGUCGAUUCAACACCAUCAAUCAAUACGGCGGCCGACUGGAAGAAUUGUUUCUGUCCUCCUCACAUGCCAAGAUGUACGUCGCCAUCAGCGCAGUAGCAGUCGCACCAUGCAUUGUGGGAAAGUCCAACAUGUUCCGAAAAUCACAUCUGGACUACCUGACCUCACGCCUGGCCUUGACCGAAGCGAAAGCCCAGGCACCAGCAAGUACCUUGGACUCCGAUAUCGUCCAAGCUCGGACCGGCAUUGACUAUUUCUCACAAAACAUCUGCGAAGAUCACCUCAUCGGAGAUCUCCUGUGGAAGUCCCCGCUGCCUCCCAUCUUCCCCUACAAGAUGCGGAAUCAUGGCCUCGUCUAUGGUGAUCUUGCCAUCCAACCUGUAGCAGGUAUGACCGUGGGAAAUUAUAUUGCCCGACGGGUGAGGUGGCUACGUGUGCGUAAAUUCACCGUCCCCGUCGCCACACUUGUGGAACCAGGCACCGAGAGUUUCUUGUGCAGUCUCUAUGGUGCAUGGGGUGCCACGACCAGCUCCUACACACAAGCAAGAUUUGGAAAUAGCUGGGCGUGGUUCGCGAUUUGGUGGGUGGUCGCCAUCGUUGUCUGGGCAAGCGUCGACUGGACCGUAUAUCUACUUCUUCACUCCGGCAAGACGGUCGAAGUGGGUGGUUUAGAUCAUGGUGACAAUGAGGACAACGACGAUGACGAUAUCAGAGUUCCAGGCUUUGCGAAACCCAUCGCAUCCGACAGAUUCUCACGCCGACCAUUCACGACGUGGCUGGUUUCCUGGCUCGGCCGUGAAGCAUUGGCAUUCCCCAUUUGGGCGUGGGCUAUCUGGGGCGGUGUGACUGUCACAUGGCGUGAUAGGCGCUUUUGGGUCGGUAUGGACAUGAAAGUGCACGAGAUACGCGACGAGGACGAUACCACGACACGAGUGCUCAACGGCCAUGUUCCAGCCCAUGAAGGUCCUGACAGGGACCACGAUACUGGUACAUCGAAGACGACCGGCGAGACAGUGGCCAACAGCACGGCCACGAUGAACGGAAAGAAGAAGAAAACUUGA